AUGGAGCUGCCAGAUACGUUGCUCGACUCUUUAAGGGAACCUAGGCCUUCUCAAACGGUGUACCGUGAAGGUGAGUCAAUUCGCUCGGCCUGGAAUGUGAAACACGAACCACAGGCUACCGCUGCCUGCUUGAGCAGUUGCAUAAGGCGUCUGCCGCAAACGACAAAGCAACCUGACGAUGGGUCGUGAGAUUUCGCAGAAUGUACGCUGUGUUUCGACAACCAUGAUGGGCCCGAAGGCAUCGACGUCUGCCUGCACUGCUUCAACGGGGCGUGCCCCGCCACGUCCACGAAUCGGCACGGAAUCCUGCACGCUCGUAAGACUGGCCACAAUCUGCAUGUCAACAUCAAACGCAUCAAGAAACCGAUUCCUGCCAUCCGGCGCGUAAGUGAAUCGGCCGACAUUUUGAACAUGUCAUGCCCUGACAAAGCCGCAGUAGCUAAGUGAUACGUUGUGUGUGCCGUGGCCAGGACUCAUUCGAACCGCCGUUAAAGAAGCUCGCCAUUCGCGAGGACGUGGCUGAGCACGACAAGUACGACUUUGUCUCCUCCUUACGAUCCUACAACGGAGAAGAAGCAGUCCAAGUGCGCGCUGAUCAACGAGUAUGUGCUGUCCUGCCUGCGAAGCGACCGACUUUUAGCAUGAUCGUUGACCGGUCAUACCCACGCAUUCCCUCCUCAUCACCACGCAGCUCGAACCCAUCGUUGCGGCAGUGCUUAGCUCGAUGUCGUCUGCAAGAAGAUCCGAGGUCAAGUCAUGGGAGGAAGAGAUCAUACCUUGCGCACACACGAGUCACCUUGUCCAGUCUCCCGCUAAAAAGCUGCAAUCCUCCGGUUAGUCAAGGAUCUAGUCGGAGACAAUCGCCUGUGCCCCACGCCGUGUUUCGUGCUGAUCUGAUGAACUCAAUGCGACGCGAUGCGACGGUACGCUCUCAGGACUUGCUACAUGCGAGGCGGCGGGCUGUGAUCUCACUUCCAACUUGUGGCUAUGCCUGACGUGCGGCUCCCUCGGCUGCGGACGGUCUCAGUUCGGUGGGGGUGGUGGGAAUGGACACGGUCUAGCUCACACCAAAGACCAUAAACAUCCGGUAGCGGUGAAGCUGGGCACAAUCGAAGCGGAUGGCUCUGCAGGUAUGCGAUCAAUCGUAAAUGCUGGUGCGCUAAGCACAUCAACACCGCUGACCUUCCCACGGCCCCUCCUCUUCCAUGCAGAUGUCUAUUGUUACGCUUGCGAUGAUGCUCGUGUGGAUACCCAACUUACGGAUCAUCUCGCGAAUUUCGGUAUCGCCGUACAAGCUCAGACCAAGACGGAAAAGUCGAUGACCGAGCUUGUAAGCGCGUGGUGCGGGCAUCGACCACAAGUCAAUCACCGCGUGGAUCUAAUGACUUUGCGAUCUAUCUUUUCAUCGUCUCCCCUCGCAGCAAGUCGAGCACAACAUGACCUACGACUUCGCUAUGACUGGGGCAGACGGUGCAGAGCUCAAACCCCUGUACGGACCGGGACUCACUGGAAUGCGCAACCUUGGGAACAGGUACGCAGACCUCUUCGCCCGAGGCACUUGACCUCAACUAACCUACACGACCUGCAGCUGUUAUUUGGCCUCUUCAAUGCAGACCCUUUUCUCGUUGCCUAGCAUUCAAACGCGCUACCUCACCUCGUUUCACACCCAUGUCACGCACUGCGCGCACCUCGCCCCAACAGAGUGUUUGGAGUGUCAGCUGGCCAAGCUCGCAGAUGGUCUCCUGUCCGGCCGAUACGCAGUGCCACCUCAAGACGAUCAUACCGAUACCCUGCUUGGAAGCAGUGACUCGCCAGUCUCAUCAGACCUGCCGACGCCUGCGUUCCAAGUCGGCAUCAGCCCUAGCAUGUUCAAGGCACUGGUCGGGAAAGGGCACUCUGAGUUUUCGACCAUGAGGCAGCAAGACGCAGGGGAAUUCAUCGCGUACCUGCUCGAGAGCAUGCGUCGGUCUAGCCGUUCCACAGGCUCAGAUGAUCCGACCAGCGCGUUCGGGUUUGCAAUGGAGGAGCGCUUGCAAUGCCCAGAAUGCAAAGGCGUGCGCUACACAACCACGAAGGAGGAAGUACUUUCGUUGCCGGUCCCGAUCGUUCCUCAUAAGUCGAAUGGUGAUCACUGUCCCGAAGACGUUUACGAGCCUGCCGAGUUCACGAAGUGCCUUCAAGAACUGGUAUCGCCCACCGACGUCGAAUACACCUGCCCGACGUGUGACAGAAAAGUUCUGGCAACCAAGUGAGUGCAAUCGUGGAGGGCAGCUUGGUGGGACCCGAGCAUCUCAUAACGCUCGAUGAUCACCAUCCAGGGAAACGCACUUCUCAAGCUUUCCCGACGUGUUGCUGGUGACUGCUGCUCGUUUCCACUUCGACCACUGGGUGCCCCGUAAAGUUAGCGUCCCGAUUUCCGUUCCGUUCGAGCCCAUUCUCCUCGACUCUUUCCAGGGCAGUGGCUUACAAAGCCACGAAACUGAGCUUCCCGAUCAACUCGAAGGUGGUGUUUUGGCUUUUUGGUGCCACGAGCCUGCACUGUUCUGGGGCGCUGACGCAAAAUUUGUUCGAGUUCCCCAGACACGGUCAGCUCUGAGCCAGCGUACAAUCCGGAAGCUAUGGGCCAGCUCGCGGUCAUGGGCUUCCCCGAGAACCGCUGUAAACGGGCCUUGCUGGCCACAGGCAACGCCGAUGCCAAUUUGGCGAUGGAAUGGCUCUUUUCUCACAUGGAUGAUCCAGGUGAGUCAAAGAAUGGUUGGACUUGCUCUUGCUCACUUGCCGACUUGUACUGAGCAAGCCUCCCAAACUGACUCGGACCGCUCAAGACGUGGACCUGCCCAUUGAGCAUGCACCACCCAGCGCCGCACCAACAAAUGAGGAACUUGCGCCACUAGUAGAGAUGGGAUUCACUGCUUCCCAGGCAGCAAGGGCACUCCGUGAGACUGUGAGUUGGAUGGCGCCUAGAAAGCGAGCUCGGUAAUACAAGCUCAUAUGGCUCUCCAACGUAACCUAGGGCCACGACGCAACGCGGGCCAUAGACUGGCUCUUUUCUCAUCCUGAAGAGCCUCAAACAGACUAUGGAACCUCCAGUGGUGCAGCGCAGUCACUUCACCCCCCAAACAUCGGAUCGACUACGCUUCCAGCGAAAUAUCAGCUCAAAGCGUUCAUUUCCCACAAGGGCCCCUCGGUUCACUCUGGGCAUUACGUCGCACAUGUGCGGGGUUCCUCGGAUGCUCGCUGGGUUCUGUUCGAUGACGAAAAGGUGGUUCGCGCAGACAAGGGUUCGCAAAGUGCAGAGCUACUUGCUCCGCUGGCCUACGUCUACAUGUUCGAAAGGGUCUGAUAUGAUUUCAUGGUAGCAAUUUGUGCUUGCUGUGCAUUUCAAAAUUCUGAUUUUUGAGGACAAAACUGAACCUCCCUCAGACAAACCGACUCCGGUUACGACUUGUAUUGGAUCUCUGGAUCCUGGAGGGUGUUAUUACAAUGUCACUCAUGGAUGAACGAAAAAAAAGGCAACAACGAUGUUCAAAAAAGAUGGAGAGGCAGGGAAUCGAACCCGGGACCUCAUGCAAGUUGUACAAGACAGUGCUAAGCAAGCGCUCUACCCCUGAGCUACAUCCCCCAUGAUGUAGGACACGUCAAAAGUUGGCGUUAGAAUAUUCAACAACAGAUCACGUGACCACCACCACCGCAGCCAGACGAUCUCAGGAGCUUCUGGAAGGCGGUCAACUCGAAGGCACUGACAGCGAGGGAGAGGGAAGUUUGGUUCAAGCUGAUUCUCCGCUUCACCCCGACGCGCAAGCUCCAGCACGAGCAAAAGCAUGUCACUUCUCCCGCGUGCCUCGUGUGCGAAGCGCCGGUGGACGACACCGAUCACUACUUCUUCGGCUGCGUCGACUCGCGGAACGUCUGGACCGCGGCAAGGGGCGUGCUCUGCGACGCGCUCGGAUGCGACACGAUCGAGGACGCCGAGUACACGACACUACAACGACUCUUUGGCCUCCCCAAGCUCAAGGCCAAGCUCAGCGAACAGGAAGGCGCAGGCAGGACGAUCGAGAUCUUCACGGGGAUGGUCUUGGAGAUGAUCAGCAGUGGGAGAUGGAGGAUGCAGAAGCACGGGACGAGGAUGGAAAGCCUGGAGCGGAGGAGGGUGGUACUGGAGGAGAGGAUGAAGUUGAGGGCGGGAGGAGCAAGAGGCAGGCGAGGGCAGUAG